GCUGGCUGGCGGCGGCUGGGGCCGGGCGAGGGGAGCGCGGCGUGGCAAGCCCUCGGUGCGGCGGCGGCGAGUCCCGAGCCCCCUGCCCCGAGCCGAGCCGACCGCAGAGCGCGCCGGGGCCAGGGGCGCGGCGGCGGGAGGACGAUGGCAGCGCCCGUCGGGGCCGGAGCCGUGAUUGCGGCCCCACACCGCAGGCGCUGGCUGUGGUCGGUGCUGGCGGCGGCGCUAGGGCUCUUGACUGCUGGCGCAUCGGCCUUGGAGGUAUAUACCCCAAAAGAAAUCUUCGUGGCAAAUGGGACGCAAGGGAAGCUGCCCUGCAAGUUCAAGUCUACGAACAUGACCGGCACGUUGACCUCCGUCUCCUGGAGCUUCCAGCCAGAGGGGACCGACACCUCUGUGUCGUUUUUCCACUACUCCCAAGGGCAAGUAUAUCCCGGGAAUUAUCCGCCAUUUAAGGACAGAAUCAGCUGGGCUGGAGACCUUGACAAGAAAGAUGCAUCAAUCAACAUAGAAAAUAUGCAGUUUAUACACAAUGGCACCUAUAUCUGUGAUGUCAAAAACCCUCCUGACAUUGUUGUCCAGCCAGGACACAUUAGGCUCUAUGUUGUAGAGAAAGAGAGUUUGCCCGUGUUUCCAGUUUGGGUGGUGGUGGGUAUAGUUACUGCUGUGGUCCUAGGCCUCACCCUGCUCAUCAUCAUGAUUCUGGCUGUCCUCUACAGAAGGAAAAACUCCAAACGGGAUUACACUGGCUGCAGUGCAUCAGAGAAUGUGUCACCGGUUAAGCAGGCUCCACGGAAGUCCCCCUCCGACACAGAGGGUCUAGUAAAGAGCCUGCCUUCUGCAUCUCACCAGGGCCCAGUCAUAUAUGCGCAGUUAGACCACUCCGGCGGACAUCACAGUGACAAGAUUAACAAGUCAGAGUCUGUGGUGUAUGCGGACAUCCGGAAAAAUUAAGAAAAGACCCAGCUCAUCUCCUCAGCAAGAAACAAAUCCAGACUGGACUCUUGUACAGAAAAUGUAGCCCGUAAUCACAGGUGGCCUUGGAAACCUGGGCGAGGACAAGCACGUGUUUAUUCAGAGAGGGAGAAAAAGAUGUGUAUAAAGGAUAUGUAUAAAUACUCUAUUUAAUCUUCCUGAUGUGAGGAGCCAGUGUUGCAUGGUGAAAAGAUGGUGUGAUUCCACAUAGAUAUAAAUUGUCUUGCUGUUUUUGUACUUUGGUUCAGGGUCAUUUACAGCUGGGAAGAUUCAGAGACAUUCCUGUCACCAUCAUUUAGAUAAUGGUUUGCUUUAAUGCAGACAGUAGGUGCUCUUUUAAUAUUUCUAUAGACAUGGCCUUUUUAUCAAAGGGCUUAACCAGUCUUAGCGUCUCUUGUGGUUGGAGAAUGUAGAUACAGUGACGGAUACGUGUCCAGACUGGCUGGAACCCGGUGUCAGCACCAACUGUCGGUUGUAGUUUUUGGAAAAUAUCCAUUAGCUAUGCCACUUGAAGACAAUUUGAGAAGUUUUUGUUGAUGUUGCUCUCUCUAAAAUACAGGGUGCUUUCUGCUUCCUGUGUUGUGUUAACUUACUUUAACAUUACACCCUUUAUCAUAUCAAUUUGUGGAUUCAUAUAGCAAGAUUUUGUUGUUAGUGCUAUCGAGCAGCCGCCGAUGCCUGGUGACCUGGCGCACAGCUGAGCACCCUGCUUGGGCCCUCUGCGCCCCAGCGAGGCUGGCAAGGAGAUGCGCCAGAGCUCUCUCCCUUCGAGGCAUUUCUCCAUCAUAUACACAACUGAAGUGGAGCAGCCAGGCCUCCCCUGAGGAGUCCCUACCAUUCGGAGAGUGAUAGCUGUCGCUUCUGGUUUUCGCUGAAGUCCUUCCCGCUUACUGUGAGCAUCCCCGGACGGCCAACGAGAGGAGUCUCGUCUCCUUCUGCGCGGCAGAAGUGGGAUGAUUAGAGAGGCAGUCUCCAGGACCAGGGUCUUGAGAAGCCGCUUCUUUAUCAGGCUUCAGUCGUGCUUCCAGGGGCGGCCUCACUCAUGGGCCACGAGAGCGACACGGCGCCUCCGGCCGCUGAGGUGCACGAGGGUCUGGAGUAAGUUAGCAAGUAAGGCCAGCACUCCCACGUGGGGAAUCUCGUCUCUGUUGACUGUUUUUUAUUGUUGUUUUUCACUUUUCCCUCCCAUUACAUGAAAUUGAUAAACAAUGAGAUAAGGAAAAAUCUAGACAAUUUGGGUAUCCUUGCCAAUAACUCACUGUCUCCCAGUGACUUCCUCUUACCCCAUCUCUAACCUAUGAGUUUUUAUUUUUUACUGGGAAUGAAAAGCAUGGUGAAGAUCCAUAAACACUCAUUUAUGUUGUCAUUCUCCCAUUUUCUGGAUUAUUUUGUUUUAAAAGAAUUUUUUUUCCCUUUGAAGUGGUCUGAAAGGCCAAUUUCGGAAGAAUUGUGACACGACAGUCACAGGACUUGGGUAGGAGGCAGGGCCGGCUGACGCUGCUGUUCCUCCCGUUCAGUUUGAGGUCCCUGUGAGCUGCUUCCUUUUCCUUCCCAUCCUCUGUCAUCUUUGUGAGGGAGUUUGAAGGCUGAGUUCUAAGAGAAUUCAUAAAGGGAAUAAAGCAGGAUUUAGAUUUAAAGAUGUGCACAAGGUGCUAAAAUAGAGAAAGGGCGUGUGAGCUUCAACACUAACUCUCCAAUAUGUGUGGUCUUUUAUUUUCGGAGGAACUGUGGAUACUCCCAUAAUGCCCCAGCUUACAUCUCACUUAUAUGUGAGUAAACGGGAUGGGCUUUAUAAUCACACACGGGUGCUAGCUCAGUGCCCUCUCACGGUCUCUUCCACACUCAGAGGGCCUGGUACAAGCGAGGGGUGCAGAGCGCCUACCCUGCGACAUUUCUGCCCAGUCGUCCACCCUGCCUUGCAUCCUAAAACUUUUUUGCAUCUAUUUUGAAAACUACGGGAGCCUUUGGAAGACCUCUCUUAUGUGUUGGGGACGGGAAGAAGCGGGAUGUUGGAAUUAUCACCAUUCUUCAAACUGAUGCCAAUAUGAUGAUACUCUUGUGAACAUCUGCCACUGCAAGAAUUGUGCAGCUGACCAAGACUAUUUUUAAGGUAGAAAAGACACAAAUUGUUGAGUGACCAAGUGUGUACAUUUAUAUGUGUAAUGUUUCCUUACAGUCAUUUUUUUUACAGAGAAAAAGGGCAUUUUCCUUUUUCUCCUUUCUCAACAGGUCCUAUGAAUAAACUAUACAUUCCUAAUA